AUGGCUGAGCCAACCGAACAACCCCAUUUGUCGCCGGAGAUGUCUCCAGCGAAGUCGCCAGAAAGAUCACCGGAAAGGUCGCCAGAGGGGUCACCCAGCAGUCAGGAUUUCUCAUCACCAGAAGACUUCUUGCUGUUCUCAGCUCGCAACGGCUUACUCAGGAACGUGCGUGAUCUUUUGCUGCAGCACAACAAUGGCGAGAUCACACUGGACAUGAACAGGAUAGGGUCUAAGAAGGCUAACCGAGGAUGGAGCGCCCUUCAUCUUGCUGCAUACUUCGGACACUGUGAUGUUGUGGAUCUACUUGCACAGGCAGGUGCCGAUGUUAACAUCGUGAACAGGGUGGGUGACACUCCACUGCACCAGGCAGCAUUCACUGGACGUAAGGUGAGUCAAGUGUAA